GUUGGUUAGUUUUAUAAAUAGAAACCUCUCAGCCCUUCAUGCUUCCAUUUUCUCUGCAUCUCUUCUGCUCAGAGAAAUUAUACCUCAAAACCCAGUUUCCUUUUGUUGCUGUUCUUAAUUAAUUAUCAUACUUUUCAACCUCUUUUUUCUUUUCUUUUUUUCUCCAGUUAGCAACCAUGGUGUACCCCAAUGAAUUCCAAGAGAACUCGAAGAAAAUGGGGAGGGGAAAGAUCGAGAUCAAGAGGAUCGAAAACACUACGAAUCGUCAAGUUACCUUCUGCAAAAGGCGCAAUGGUUUGCUCAAAAAGGCCUAUGAAUUAUCAGUUCUCUGUGAUGCUGAAGUUGCUCUGAUUGUCUUCUCCAACCGUGGUCGCCUCUAUGAGUAUGCUAAUAACAGUGUUAAAGCAACAAUUGACAGGUACAAAAAGGCUUGCGAUUCCUCCCAUACAGGAUCAGUUUCUGAAACUAAUACUCAGUUCUACCAGCAAGAAUCUGACAAACUACGCAAAGAAAUCCAGAAUUUGCAGAAAAUGACUAGGCAUAUGAUAGGUGAAUCGCUGGGAGGAUUGUCUACGAAGGAGCUAAGGGGCUUGGAGUCUCGUUUAGAAAAAGGAAUCAGCAAAAUCCGUUCCAAAAAGAAUGAGCAGCUCUUUGCAGAAAUUGAGUAUAUGCAGAAAAGGGAGAUUGACUUGCAGAAUAAUAACCAGUUCCUCCGAGCAAGGAUAGCUGAGAAUGAGAGGAAGAUGCAGAACAUGGAGUUGAUGCCUGGAGGAUCUAACUUUGAGGCCAUGACUUCUCAGCCAUUGGACUCUCGAAGCUACUUUCAAGUCAAUGGCUUACAACCCACUAAUCAUUACCAACACCAGGACCAGAUGUCCCUUCAAUUAGUGUAAGAUGGUGGGGGACUAAAGUGGACACUUUUAAGGUUUCAUCAGCUGUUUCUGAGUAUUUUGUGAGAUGAAGGUAGCAGUAAGUACCCAGAAAAUGCUAUAAGGCAGGACCCUAGAAUUCUUCUGCCAUGAAUUUAGCUAUGUCAAGUGUGUGUAAUGUGCAAGACUGAUAAAAAAAGUUUGCUUCUCAGACAAGAAGUCCUUUUCCAUACAUGUUUAGAACAUGGACUAUAAUUCUACAAAGAUUAUCCGUCAUGAGCCUUGUUAUAUCUCA